CUUUAUGUGCCGGGGCUGGGAGGAGUAAUUGCUUUAUUAUAGCAGUUAAGGGCCAUUUGUGAUUCUUAAAAAACAGUUUGUCAAGUUGCUCCCUUGGUUUUGUUUGGGGGGAGGCGGCAGAAGUCACCCAUGCCUGAAGACCCUGUAGUGAGUUGGCUCCUUUGUCAACCUGGCGCUGCCGGACACUGUUUUCAGUUUGGAAGUAUCCAGCCAGACCUUGGAGUUGCAGGCAGGCUGCUGUGUGUGGAAAAGGUGGUGUCGUCCCUUGCCUGGGAGCACAAGGGCCUCUUUGGGGAGGGUGUGCGCCCCGGGCCUCAGUUCAGAGCGGUCGUUUACGCUGAGUGACACUUAUGUGGCCCCAACCUCCGACUGUUUUGGUGGAUGGAUUAUGUGGUUUGGUUCCACAGGUUCAAGAUUUCUCUUUUGUGAACAAGUUGAAAUCAUCGCAGAAGGAUAAAGUUCGUCAGUUUAUGAUCUUCACACAAUCUAGUGAAAAAACUGCAGUAAGUUGUCUUUCUCAAAAUGACUGGAAGUUAGAUGUUGCAACAGAUAAUUUUUUUCAAAAUCCUGAACUUUAUAUACGAGAGAGUGUAAAAGGAUCGUUGGAUAGAAAGAAGUUAGAACAACUAUACAGUAGAUACAAAGAUCCUCAAGAUGAAAAUAAAAUUGGAAUAGAUGGUAUCCAGCAGUUCUGUGAUGACCUGGCCCUCGAUCCAGCCAGCAUUAGUGUGUUGAUCAUUGCAUGGAAGUUCAGAGCAGCAACGCAGUGCGAGUUCUCCAAACAGGAGUUUAUGGAUGGCAUGACAGAAUUAGGAUGUGACAGCAUAGAAAAACUAAAGGCCCAAAUACCCAAGAUGGAGCAAGAAUUGAAAGAACCAGGACGAUUUAAGGAUUUUUACCAGUUUACUUUUAAUUUUGCAAAGAAUCCAGGACAAAAAGGAUUAGAUCUAGAAAUGGCCAUUGCUUACUGGAACUUAGUGCUUAAUGGAAGAUUUAAAUUCUUAGACUUAUGGAAUAAAUUUUUGUUGGAGCAUCAUAAACGAUCAAUACCAAAAGACACUUGGAAUCUUCUUUUAGACUUCAGUACAAUGAUUGCAGAUGACAUGUCCAAUUACGAUGAAGAAGGAGCAUGGCCUGUUCUUAUUGAUGACUUUGUGGAAUUUGCACGCCCUCAAAUUGCUGGGACAAAAAGUACAACAGUGUAGCACUAAAGGAACCUUCUAGAAUGUACAUAGUCUGUACAAUAAAUACAACGGAAAAUUGCACAGUCAAUUUCUGCUGGCUGGACUGAACUGAAGAUCAAUCCUCACAAUUCAAAAUGAGGGUUGAAACAAACUUUAAGGAUACAUCUUGGACCAUACCGUACUUCAUUCUCCUAAUGGUGGUUUGGGCUUGUCUUCUAGUCUGGGCCGCUCUAAACAUUUAUAAUUCCAACAUUGUGGAUUCAUCUUAUAUCUGUGGACCAUCUUAGUUUGUCCUCCCAUAAGUCUUAGAAGCUUUAUGGUGAUUAUUUUGAGGUUUCCAUUCUUGCAUAAAGCACAAUGCUGUCUUCAUCAGAAAACAGUUUGGCCUAAGAAUUAAACGUAAUAAUGAACAUCACAAACAACCUAUAAAAACUUCUUAAAUAUAUGCUUUGGGCUGGUUGCAAAGACUGUGCUGACAGCACUUCUGAUGAGAGUGGGGUUCAAUACUGUGCCGACUCCGGGUGGUGUUCGGUUUGGGGGAAUUUAAUUUUCCUGGAAAAUCACAUAUAUUGUAGAUGUGCAUAGAAUAUAUCUGAUGCAAGAAAUGUCAAAAUAACCAACAUGAAAAGAUUUUAGGAUAACUUGGUGCCUACCUGCAGUAUGUAUUGUAUUUCAGACUGUUUCAAAAAAGGUUCCACAGAAUUAGUCUGCAGUUAUCUUAUCCGUGUUUAUACACAGUGGUCCUGCAAGGAAUUUUUAUUUAGAAAAUGCUGGAAUGAGGCUUAAUGUUGGGUUCCAUUCCCCUCUGCAUUACACAAUACAAAUUGGAUUUCAUUAUGCUUUUGAAAUGCUUAUAUGCCUUUCGAAUAAGUUAAACUAUUUAAUUUGUUUUGAAUGUUUUCAAUUGCAAUACAAUACAAUAUUCUAAAUUCAGGCAUGAGGUUUUUUUUUUUUUUAGGGGGUUUUGUUUUCAUUCUUUUUGGUCAUUGCACUAUGGAACACAGAUGAAAGUCUCUAUAAUUUAUGAGAAAAUAGUAGGAUUUAAAUUUUGGAAAUGGUUGUGAUGAGCCAUGAAGUUCAAUCUUCAUCAUGUAGGUACUGCUCUUUCAGGCAAGUACUCCAUUUUUGAUGACUUCUUAUUUUGUUGAAAUUCCUUUACUGCUAAAUCACUGUGGUUUGCCAGAUCUUUACUCCAGGAGCAGAGAUUUCCAAACAAGCGUGCACUGGUGCAGAAUGCCAAUCUGGCUUCUGUGUUGAUCAAUUAUUUGAUUGUUUUUGUUUCAUUCACAUUAGCUAUUUUCACAUCAAAGCAGAAUGCUAUCUUGUUUAUAUUUUUUUCAUUACAAGACCCAUGAAUUGCUUUCCUGCUGAAAAUGCUUGUUUCUCUGUUUACAAACUGACAUGUGAAGGAGGGUGUAAUCACUUCAUAAAUGUUUCUGUAAGGUGAGUUAAAAAUGGGUAACUAGCUGGGCGUGGUGGUGCAUGCCUGUAGUCCCACGUGGGAGCAGAGGCAGAUGAAUCUCUGUGAGACCGAGGCCAGCCUGUUUAACAUAGCAAUUACCAGCCCAGGUAUGACUACAAGGAGACCCUGUCUCAAAAAAAAAGAAAAAGAGCCGGGCGUGGUGGCGCACGCCUGUAGUCCCAGCACUGGGGAGGCUGAGGCAGGCGGAUCUCUGUGAGUUCAAGGCCAGCCUGGUCUACAUAGUGCGUUCCAGGACAGCUGGGGCUACAGGGAGACCCUGUCUCAAAAAGACAAAAAAAAAGGGGGGGGGGCGGGGAACUUGUCUUUGAUAGGAACAAGUUUUGCUUGGUGUAUCCAGGUCUUCUCCAGGGUCCAGUUAACAAAGGAAUGUACUUCAGGGUAGCAAUACAUUUUAUGCAGAUAUGGAAAUGAUUCUAAGAAACAAUGACAUAGUAAAACUGCUUUUUAUUCACCUGAUUUUGAAAUUACACAGAAAUCUUAUCUUAUAGAAAUAUUAUUAGCAUUCCAAUCAUAACUUUAAUUUAGGAGUGCAAGUCUACCAAAAGAAAAGUUAGAAAAUUUCUAUUCGUGUUUUAGGAAUUGGUUAUUAAAAGAAAAAAGAAGAAGCCUGCUGUUUUCGGUAUUUCUUGAUUUCAUUUUUGUAAAUAUGAAGAACUUCAAUUAUGAAAAAAAAUUUAAAGAUAUAUAUGUAUUGUUUACUUCCUGUCUGGAAGGUUUUGAGUUCUGGUGUUGUUUUCAGAUGAAUUGGUUCAGGUAUGCCUUGGUUGGAAGCAAGAUUCCUAUUAGCUUCUCUCCCUGCCACAUAAUUUUUUUUUUCUCAUAAAAUCUUAAUAUUGGUUGUGGCCUAGUGCCUUGGGUUUUACGGAUUUUACUUUUAAGUGCAAAACCUUUUCAACAAAAUAGUAUUUGUCAUCAGUUUGGUACUAAACAUUUAUAAUUACUGUGUAAUUAUAAACAAAAAUACAUAAAACUUUGACUAUAAUUAUGUAGCAUAAAAGUAAAGGCUGUUCACCAUGCUGUCAUCAUAGAAUUAAAACUAUUACUAGGGCUCAAAAGAGAAGACUGAUUUAAUGUGUUGUGAUUAUUCUGAGGACAAGUGUCUGGUUAUAGGGAAUGUUUUGUACUAAAAAUGGUUACACUGUGGUGUGGGGGGUGUCUGUGAGUCAGAGAGGAAGACAGACACACACACACACACACACACACACACACACACACGACUUAAAUGCUUUAGUUCAUGGGCUUCAGUCUUUAUUCUGGUCAAGUCCCACGCUAAUUCUGUUUCAGACUGAACCACAGAUGGACUUUCCUUUUGCCAAAUGUUAGAACAGGUCACAUUUUAAAAUGUAAUGCUUUUUAAAUAGUAAAAUGUAUAAAAUUAGAAGUACCCACAUACAAAAAUACUUGAGGUCCAAGUUAUCUUCAGUGAACAUCAUCUGCAUAUCUCUGUAAGUUCAAUUGUGUUUCUUACAAUCCCUGUCACAUUACCAACAGAGGCAAUAAAAGCUUCAGUAAUGUU